GUAUGAGACUUAGCACCCCUCUUCCACAGUGGACCAGUCGAGAUGUCCCAUCAUGCCCUGCUGACGUCACCACUGCGGUUAGCCAGGUUUGCGGAAACAGGAAAUUGUUAUGAAAUUCUACAGUAAGUAACAAGGUUUGUGGCUAGAGUUGCCGCAUAAAACUGACAGGAGAUAGUCCAGAUUAGGGGCCAACGGGACGCCGAGGACCGUGUACCAAGUACAGAAGUGGAAUUCAGGAGGCUGCCGGGCGUGUUUGGCGUGACCUGGUAGGACGUCGGGUAGAUGGCUUAAACUUUAAAAGGCUGGUCAACAUGGAUUUCUACUGGUACAUAAUCCUGUUUGUGGCGAUAAUCCUGAAAAUCCUGUUCUACCUGUGCUGGUUUUACUCUCGUCAGCGACGGCUGGCGGUGGCCGGACCUAAUGAGCUCACCCACGGCACCCCCCCGGGAGGAACCCUGUCACGCCCGCCCCCCUAUCCCGGCAUUGACGGAGAGAACCCCCCCUCCAGCCCCAUGGGCAGCUUCCCCGAACCCCCUCCGUACUGCGAGCUGGACGAGCAUGAUGGGAAGCCACCGCCCUAUCACGCUGUGGUGGCACUGAAGGAAGCACAGGCCAUACAGUCCCAUCAUGCACCGCCACAGGCUAUACAGUCCCAUCAUGCACUGCCACAGGCCAUACAGUCCCAUCAUGCACUGCCACAGGACAUACAGUCCCAUAAUGCACUGCCACAGGAUACCCCACAAGUAUCCCAGCAUCCUCCUUACCCGGCACCAGGGAGACAAGAACCACCGGUGUCCCAGGAUGCACCAGUUCAAGCAGUUACUACGGCAGCAGGAGUGAUUGACAACAACACUUCAUGCUAGCCGGGUUACCAUGACAACACAGUGCCUUUAGUCUGCUGCCAAACCCAGAGCCUACUCCUGGAGAAGGACAAACAAACAAACAAACAAACAUGUACUACAGGAGCAUACAGUAUUCUGCACAUCAGCAGUGAUGAAGUUCCCCCUCCACCGCCCCGCGGUGUACCACCACUCCAGGGGUGUACCAUUACCCCCAGGGGUGUACCACAACUUCCCUCCUUUAGGGGAAGUCUUGCUGGAUUUGUAAGCUAAUAAGGGAGGGGGUGUUAGUACAGAGAGACACACUGUUACAAGGGUUUUAUGAUGAGAUACUUUUUUAAGAGAAUCUCGGGAGGCAGGGGGGGGGGGGACAUGUGGGGUGUCUAGUUUCAGAGGUACGGCAUUAGGUAUUGAUCAACUCUGGCUGCUGUGUGGUCUCAGUUUGUGUAAAGUUUUUCAGUCUUACAAACAGCCAAAUAGAGAAACAGGUGUGCUUAUGCAGGUGUGAAGAAUUAAGCCUGAUACACCUGAGCUAAACACCUGUCUUCUACACCAGAGCUAAACACCUGUCUUCUACACUCUGAGCUGAACACCUGUCUUCUACACCUGAGCUAAACACCUGUCUUCAAGCCUUUGGAUUAUCAUGCCAGAAUCAGGAACAUCCAAGAGCUUCCAGGGGUCACCUCAGGUCAGCUGUUACUGGUGCACUGGCCAGUGUAAAACAUAGGGGGGUACUGGUGCACUGGUCAGUGUAAAACCUAGGGGGGUACUGGUGCACUGGUCAGUGUAAAACCUAGGGGCUACUGGUGCACUGGUCAGUGUAAAACCUAGGGGGGUACUGGUGCACUGGUCAGUGUAAAACCUAGGGGGUUACUGGUACACUGGUCAGUGUAAAACCUAGAGGGUUACUGGUGCACUGGUCAGUGUAAAACCUAGGGGGGCUACUGGUGCACUGGUCAGUGUAAAACCUUGGGGGAUACUGGUGCACUGGUCAGUGUAAAACCUAGGGGGUUACUGGUGCACU